AUGGCGUCCGACGACGAUGGUCCGGCACGAACGCUGGCCUUCGUCUUCGGCCCCGUCGGCUGGCAGCGCGAGAACAUGGGCCGCGCGCUGUACGACCAGGGCGGCGUCUUCCGCGACGUCUUCGACGAGGUCGCCCGCGAGUGCUGGCCGACGCUGCCCGUGGCGCUCGGCGACGUCGUCUACCCGGUCACGGGCGCGUCGGCGCUGGACCUGAGCGGCAUGAUCGACUCGACGUUCUACGCGCAGACGUCGCUCUACGCCGUCGAGGUCGCGCUCGACGCGCUCCACCGGUCGCGCGGCGUCGAGCCCGCCGCGUGCGCCGGGCACAGCAUCGGCGAAUUCUCCGCGGCCGCGUCCGGCGCGCCGCCCGCCGGCGACGGCGACGCGCCGGCGCCCGAAUCGAGUCGGCGCGGUCACGGCGCGGGGUCCACCGUGCUCUCGGGCGACGCGCGGGCCGUGGCGAAAGUCGUCGUCGCGCUCCGCGAGUCCGGGACCAAGGCGCGGCCGCGGCGCGUGCGGGGCACGUCCCACGCGGACCACAGCCGGCGGCUGCGGCCCAUCGCCGACCAGCUGGCCGCGGACGUGGCGGCGAUCCUGACGGACGCGCGGCCGAACGGGGCGACGCUCGUCGUGUCCACGGUGACGGGCGCGCCCGCGGACGUCGCGGCGCUGCGGUCCGGCGCCCACUGGGCCGCCCACAUGACCCAGCGCGUCGAGUACGUGAAAACGGCGCGCUUCCUCGCGGAGCAUCGCGGCGUCGCGACGUUCGUCGAGAUCGGCGACGGCAUGCUCGGCCGCGUGACGCUGCCGACGGUCGAGCCCCUGGUCCCCGGCGGCCGCGCGACGUGGCUCGCGUCCCUCGCGCCGGCGAAGGAGGCCAACGGCGACGGCGACGCCGACGUCCGCGCCUUCGACGCGGCGAUCGUCGCGCUCGCGGCCGCGGCGCCGCCGCCGUCCGCGGCCGCGGACGAGGCCAAGGAGCCCGCGACGCCGCAGUGCCUCCGCUUCGACUCCAAGGCCGUGCUCCAGUCCGCGGAGAGCGUCCGCGAGGACCCGCGGAGUCCCUUCGCGUUCCCCUGGGCCACGCCCAAGGGGAGGAAGGUCGCGUCCAUCGCGACGAGCCCAGUGCCGACGCCCGGCAAGUCGCUGGCCGCGGCGCUCGACGAGGCCGCCGACGACGGCGACGACUCCAUGGCCUUCUUCAAGAAGAGGACGGACCGGGCGGCGCCCGCGGACGCGCCCGGCGGCCCGCACUCGCGGCACAUCACGAACUGGUGCUACGCGACGGGCACGCUCGCGGUGCUCGUGGCGCACUUCGGCUUCGGCGAGACGGAGGCGCACCCGGACGGCGCCAUGUGGGUCUUUCGGAGCCUGUUCAGCGCGGGCUUCGCGAUGCGCAUGUUCUGGCUCUUCGCCGGUUUAGGAGACCUGCGGAACCGGCGCGCGGGCAGGACCGCGCAGGCGCUCGGCGACCGCCUCGGGCCCCUCGCGCGCCUCUACUUUGCCAUGGUCGUGCUCGACGCGCUGAAGAAGAUGGUCUGGGGCAGCUUCGAGGUCGUGGGGAUCUGCCUCGGGGGCUGCGGGUUGAAGGGGUCGAUGAACUUCGUGAACCUCACGCGGACCAAGUGGUUCAUCAUCAGCCUCGCCUGGUGCCGCCUCGUCGGUUUUUUUGCCGAGCGGAAGCUGGCGCCGCGGGCCGCGGAGCGCUGGCUGCCCCUCGCGGUCGCGGCGCUCCACGUGUUCUUGCGCUUCGUCGACGUCUACGAGAACGGCGACGCGUACUACUCGACGAAGGUCGGCCAGCUCAAGCCGCUCAACUACUUCGUCAAGUCGGCCUAUUAUUACGUGGUGUGGCCCUUGCUCAUGCCGAUGAACCUCGGCACGCUCAGGUGCUCCGCGCGGAGCGAGAAGCGCGAGGACGUCCUCCUCGCGCGGCCGCCGUGCGUGCCCGCGCGGCGCCACCGCGUCCAGCCCGCCGGGGCGGCGGACCCGCCGCCGGCGGACGUUAUAGCCGUCGGCGCCGCGACGGCCGCGCGCUGGUCCGCCGGCGUGCUCCUCGCGAACGUCGUUGUGGUCACGUGCGUCGCGCGCACCGCGCAGCGCCCGAAGACGCUCGACGGGCCCCGGCGGACGCUGGACACGGGUGUGCUGCCGACGCUCUUCCAGCUCGCGAGCUGCUCCCUGAACAGCGGCUGCCUCGUCGCCUUCCCGCUCGCGCGCGCGACGCGGCGCCUCGGCGGCCUCGGCGGCGUCGCGCGCGUCGCGUACCUGCUCUUCGACGAAACCGUCGCGGCGGCGAUUUUAGGCUCCUACGUCUACUGGUGCCCGGCGACGCCGACCUUCUUCAGCGAACUCGGCGCCAAGGCCCUCUUCGGCUACAUGUGGCACCCGUUCUUCGUGCCGCCGGCGACGGCCAUGGUCGCGGGGCUCACGCGGACCUUCGCGAAGACGGACCAGAUCCUGUGGCUGCCGCUCAUCCUGAUCGCCCACGUCUUCCUCCACCGCGUCCCGCUCACGCCCGCCGCCCUGAGGGCCGAGCUCAGGGACCGGCACUUCGCCUCGGUCCUCUGCCACCCGCAGAUCGCCAUCCUCGGGCUCUUGUUCGCCACGCUCGCCAUCCGGAUCCACCAGGCCGCGACCGACGAGGCGACGGCCUUCAUCGAGAGCCUCAUGGAGCAGGAGGGCUUCUGGGAGGGCGUCGGCGAGAAGGGCUGCGCGCUCUUUCCCGGUUUGCGGUGGAUCUACACGGCGAACGUCACCGCGCCGGGCGGCCGCCACUACUGGACCGUCGAGGGCACGUCGGAGAAUCUGCUGCUGGCGGUCUGCACGCGGGAGGACGGCACCAUGUCCUGCCAGAGCCGCGAGGAUCUCGCGGAGCGCGGCUGGGACCGCGCGCGCAUCGAGGUCGCCUACGAGGAGCACCGCGCCUUCGCGGAGAACAUGCGGCGCAUGGUGGAAGGAGACCCCUGGUCGAUCCGCGACAAGCCCCUGCUCGUGCGCUGCGAGCACGACAGCGGGGGCUACGCCUGCCGCGUGCUGAUUUUCGACGAGGAGAACGUCGGCGACGUGACGUCGCUGUCCUGGUGGCGGCCCGCGCUGAGCCACGAGCGGGUCCUGGAGCUCGACGCGCGGCGCGAGGCCGCGCGGGCCGUCGAGCAGGCGGGGGAUCACGAGAACGCGGUCGUGGCCUACGACGACAUCCUGGGCGUGCUCGACGGGGCGCUGCGGGACCCGGCGCUGGGACCCUGCUGCGCGACGCAGGCGCUGCUCGCGAAGUGCCUCUUCUCGCGGGCCUCGUGCCGCCUCGCGCUCGGCGGGCGCGACAACCUGCGGAGCGCCUUCGAUGACAGCCAACGGGCGCUGACGAACUCGAGGCACUCGGGCUGGUUACGAGCUGGAUUGGAUGAGGACGCGGUCAUCUUGGCCGACGACUUCGAGCAGCUCCGAGGGCGCAUGAUCGAUGCGAUGGGCGACCUCAGCGAGGCGCUGGCGGCGCGGCCCCGGGCGACGCACGUCGACGGCGUCAUGGACUGGCAGAUCAAGCAGAGGGAAUUCGAGGCGCAGAAGGCGCGGGCUUGCAAAAAGAUCCGGGACGAGCGCGCGGCGGAGGCCGCGCGGGCCGAGGCGCCGACGCCCCCCUCGCCGCCGCGGGAAAUUUUCUACGGCCCCGCGCCGCGGUCGCACGCCGACGAGGUCCGCGCGCGCAUCGCCGCGGAGCACGAGGCCGCCCGCGCGCGACGCGAGGCGAACCCGGAGCCGGAGCCGACGACAAUGCUGAGCUUCUGGCUCGCCUUCGUCGCCAUGUAGAGAACGAUAUUCCGGAAGCGAUGUGGCAGCUGGCGCAAUUCUACGACCAGGGAAAUUUCGGGAUCAUAAGAAACCAGAAGAAGUGCGUGAAAAUCUUGAAACGUGCCGUGGAGCUCGGGUGCGUGGAGGCGAUGGUGUUUCUUGGAUAUCUGUACGAUACUGGACGGGGCGGCAAGGUGGAUAAGAAGAAGGCGAUGCAGCUCUAUCGAAUUGCAAGUGAUAAGGGAAGUGUGCAGGGUCGAUACAACUUCGGAAUGAUGCUGCGGGAAGACGAGCGUCAUGAAGAGGCAUUCACUUUGUUGAAAGCCGCCGCUGAUCGCGGCCACACACAUGCUAUGUACACUACAGGAAAAUGCUACGUGCACGAAGAGGGCGUUGCACGCGAUCUCGACGAAGCCAAGCGCUGGUUCGCGCGCGCCGCCGCCAACGGCGACGAAGAGUCCAGCGCCGUGUUCGAGGAGAUGAACGCCAGCGGUUAAACGCAGAUAUAGAUUC